AAAAGUUAAUUUUAUUGAUAAAUUGUAAAUUAAAUCAUACAUGUUUUAAUUGGCUUUUGUUUUCUACUUAUUAAAUAUCACGAUAGUGGUACAAAAAAAAAACGCAAUGGCUUCGUCCAGUAAAUUGCCUGGGACCGGCUUAGAAGAUGUCGGUGUACCCGGCCAAUCUUUUCUUCGUGACGCUCUAACAAGUUGUACAGAUCCUCUCAAAGCUAUUGAAGAAUUCCAGCUGGAAAAUGGUAUAUUGUUACCUUCCCUGAGACCUAUGCUACCUUUACUAGAUCUCCAUGGUGUACGGCGCUUAGAUUUUCACACUUCAGUGUUGGAGGAAUUGAGGGACAAACUUAUCUCCCACAUCAAUGAAUUACGUGGAAAAGACAGCACAAAAGAAAAAGAGAAGAAACUCAAGGAGUUAUUAUCAAAGAGCUUCCCUGUAGUCAAAGUGAAAGCAUUGAGACCAGUUAUCAUGAGUAUAUUAAAAAAUACCCCUCACAUUGACGAUAAAUACUUGAAGGUAUUGGUCCGCGAUAGAGAUUUGUAUAAUGACACAGACACAGAAGUAAAGAGACAGAUAUGGCAGGACAAUCAAUCUCUAUUUGGUGAUGAGGUGUCUCCACUUUUGAGUCAAUACAUAAGAGAGAAAGAAAAUGUUUUGUUUGACCAUGAAAAUCCGGGAAAUCAGUUUUUCCUGCCUUCACCUAAAGUAAGAAGACAAGGAGCAGUAGUUACAAAGUUGGCCCACAUGAUUGGAACAAGCAUCAAACUGUAUGACAUGGUUUUACAGUUUCUGAGAACUUUGUUCCUUAGAACAAGAAACAUACACUAUUGCACAUUGAGAGCAGAGCUUCUGAUGGCCCUCCACGACUUAGAGGUUCAGGAAAUCAUAUCUGUGGACCCCUGCCACAAGUUCACAUGGUGCUUGGACGCCUGUAUUCGUGAGAGAAACGUAGAUAUAAAAAGAUCUAGAGAACUCCAAGGAUUCUUGGACAGCGUAAAGAAAGGACACGAACAAGUUUUGGGUGACCUAUCAAUGACACUUUGUGAUCCAUAUGCAGUAAAUUUCUUAGCUACCUCAGCUAUCAAGAUUUUACAACACUUAAUAAACACUGAGGGAUUGCCAAGAGACAAUACAAUAUUAAUAUUGUUGCUGAGAAUGUUAGCAUUAGGUUUAAGUGCCUGGGAGAUGAUAGACUCGCAAGAUUUUAAAGAACCCAAACUAGACAGUCAGGUUAUAACAAAGUAUUUACCGGCCUUAAUGUCCUUAAUGGUUGAUGACCAAGUCCGAACACUGCAUAAUAAACUACCUCCUGAUGAAAGAGAGUCAGCCAUCACAACUAUUGAACAUUCAGGCCCUCCUCCGGAUGCCUGUGAAGCUUAUAUGAGGGAAAGUGCUGUAUGUGGAGUACUAGCUAUGUAUUACACUCUUCAUGCUGCAAAACUCAGAGACAGAGGUGCCUUAUUGAGAAUAUUAAGUAUUCUGGGUAGCUGUAAAGACGGGCGCGCAUAUGAAGAUCCAUUCUUGCAUGCAAUAGUUGCACUUAUAAUUCAGCUGCCUGAUGAAUUUCUGGGUGAAGAUUUCAGUACUGUCCUAUUUGAUGAGUUCUUCUUUGCCGGCCUCUCUAAAGACAAUGUUACGAGGCAUCUGUUGAAAUUGCUGUGGUAUAUUCAUCACAAGUUGCCGGAGACGAGAAUACAUACAUUGAUGAAAGCUCUCCAACCGGGCACUCAGCAUAAUGAGUCUGUACACAAGCUGUACGAAAUGUUACAGCAGAAGAUGCAUACACAAGUCGAACCAGCUCCGAGCACUAGCGAGAUGGAGUACCUGGAUUCACCGUUAAUGAGCGUACCGACCCCUGCGCCUUACCACAUGUAGAUAUACAAUUGUUUAUUGUAUUACGUAUUUAAGCUAUUUAAUAAUGUUAUGAAUUUAGAUUAAACAUAUUUUAUUAUUAAGUAAAUAUGAUAUAACUAGAAUUAUACUUCCAAUCAAUGACCUAAGAC